UGGGGGUGGGGGCCGGAGCUGCCGGAGAUGCCGCAGGGGGAGGGUUCUCACGCCGCACGGGGCGGAGUCCUGGGACUCGGGGCGGGGCGUGGAACCGGGACGGGUGGGACCUCCGAGCUGGUGCCAGUGGAAGGCGGAGCCCGGCGGCGGCGGGGGGCGGAGCUAGGAGGGUCGGGGGACGGAGCCUGGCUCUUGAAGGAGGAGCUGGAGGAGGUGAAAGGCGGAGCCUGGGGGUCGGAAGCAGAGGGGGACGGAGCGCAGGCGCUGGGGGCGGGGCUUCAGCUGGUGAGUGGCGUGGCUACGGCUCCGGAAAAGGGGUCUAGUUCUGUCGAAGGCGGGGCUGCAGGCCCGGGGGCGGCACCGCGUCCUCCGAAGGGCGGUGCCAAGGAGCCAAGUGAGGAGCCCGGCCCGAGUAAUGGCCCCGGGCGUCCUCGCGGGGGUGGUCUCCGUGGUGGUCGGGCUUGGGGACGCCGUAGGCCGAGAACUCCACCGGGAGAGGUGGUGUGGGUGGAGCGGGCUCGGCGGCCAGCAGACACAGGGCCAGUCUGGGUGCCCCGGAGACCCCCAAGGGCUCAGAGUUGGGGCGGCGCCCCGGGCGGAGGCACAGGGCCAGGCUGGGGGGUAUCUCCCGAGGACCCGGGCUCCUCGGAGCCACCCAGUGGGGAUGUGUGGGUGCCUCGGGGCCGGCCCCCUGCAGCGGCCGCAGAGGUGUUGGUGUGCUGGGCCGGGGGCAGCUGGGUGUGGCGUGAGUGGGGCCGCCCAGUCGGGACAACUGCAGUGCAGCCAGAUAGGGUCUGGACUUUGCGUAAAGAGACAGGCGGGAACUGAAGAGCGGAGGUGGGGACUGGGAGGGAGGGAAGGUAUGGGGGUGAGCAGAGGGGCGGGGCCCUGGCUGCUGUGGCCUCCCCUGACCCCCUCCCCCCGCUGCUGGGGUCCUCGGCCAAGCCCCCUUCUCACU